CAAGUUUUAAAAGUCGUGUUGGGCUUCCUCUAUUACCAUCAAAAUUUAGCUCAUACAGUGUUAACUACUUUUCAACAACACUCGACGAAUCAAAAAAUAUAACGGUUCACAAAUACCCACUACACGCGCUAUUUUCAUACUCCUCAUUUGUUUAAUUUCGCGAAAUCCCACUGAUAAGCAGCCAUGGCAGCAAGUCGAUCUUCGGAAAGAAACGCACGGGAAAUCUACGAAAUGAAGCAGAGAGCCGUAAAGUUCUACCGUGAAAAUCAAGUGCCAGAAAAGAUAGAAGAUAUCCUGAAUGCCAUGUUCCACGAGAAUCCCGAUGAUAUUUAUGGACGUCUAUCUGAAUAUUUUGAAUCCUUGGCAAAGCCCGGCACCAUCAGUAAACUGGUCAGUAGACUUGUAUUGGACAGUAAAGGACAACCAACUGUACAGUGUGAGGUACACUGUAUUGUUAAAGGUGUAGAAAGGCACUUGAGCACGUCAAGUGUUGCCAGCCAUAACACUCUGGCAGAAAGUGCUCCAAUUGAAAGAAAAGAAGCUGAUGAUCUUGAGAGGCUUCAGUUUGUAGAAGCAGCCAUCGAAUACAUAAAUGGACCUCUCUGUGAAAAAAUCAAAGGACUUGAUCCUACGAAUCAAAAGGAAAUUGAUUCCUUGAUAUGUGAAACACUUGAACAAUUAAAAGCAGAACACGAAGAGCGAGAGAGGAAAUUAAAAGAAGAGCAAGCUGAAGAAGAGACGCCACAGCAACAGAAGGAGCCUGUCAAAGAAGAGAAGUCUUCUCCCAAAGCUAAAAAGAAAGGCAGUGCCAAAUCCGCUGCUGUGGUGGCUGAAGAACCCAAAGAGCAGUUUUUCGUUGGAUGUAACUCCAUCUGUGCCCUAUCUCAGAGUGUCCUACAGACUGCAGCUACAUUGAAAAAAGUCCAGUUGUUUGAAUAUGUAGCUAGUUUAAGAUAUAACGAGGCUCCUGAUAAAUACAGACUCCCCCUGCCCAUGGCAAGCAUUUUAAACUUUGGUAAGGCAGCAGCUUGUAAAUUAAAUCUAUUCAAAGAAGUUAUGAUCAUGCCAAAACCAGACAAACCACUUUCAGAGGCAAUUAAACAAAUAAGUGACAUCUAUAACCAAGUCGGCAAAACCCUCUUUACAAAGUACGGGGUUGCUGUGAAGAAUGUCAAUGAUUUGGGUUGUUUUAUACCUGCCUAUGAUAAACCUGAGCAAGCAUUAGAUGUAUUACAAGAAUCAAUAACUCAGCUUGGUUUCACACCAGGUGAAGAUUUCCAUAUUGUACUCAACUGUGCUGCUCAUGAGAUGUUUGAUAUGGACAAGGGGAAAUAUGAGAUGGUAACAGGAGUAUUUAAAGGACCUGACGAUAUGGUAGAGGUGUAUAAUGAUUUAGUAACCAGAUAUCCAGCAAUUAUUGCCAUCAUUGACCCACUGAAACGACAGGAUUCAGAACCAUGGCUAAAGCUGUGUGAGAAACUUAGUGAGAAAUGCUACAUCAUUGGUGGUCAUGUCUAUCCACGUACUGAGAGAUUUCUACAAGAGGGGUUUGGUGAUGUGAAGUCUAGUGCUGUUGUAUUGAAACAACAACAGAUGACAUCAGUCUCUGAUACCAUUGAUGCUGUCAAAUUUCUAGAAGGUGAAGGAUUAGAUAGUGUCAUAUCCUGUGUGCAAGGUGAGAGUGGGGACAGUUCAAUUGCCGACUUGGCUGUUGGUAUGGGGUCAAAGUUCAUACAGAUAGGUGCACCUUGCCGAGGAGAGAGGGUGUGUAACUACAACAGACUGUUACAAAUUGAGUCUUGGUUGAAAGACAAAGAUGCACUGAGUUACUACGAAAGUCAUGAAUUUCCCAACAUACUGCCGCCUCCACCUCCAGAAGAACCCGUGGAUGAAGUUGAUAAUUAAAACUAUAAUGCUGAAGAUAAUAUCCAUACUCUUGAGAGUCAGUAGACAUAAUGCUGGUACAUUCAAAUUGUGUACACCAGUAUGAAAAAAACAACUGAGUAAUGACCAUAAUCUGUUAUCAACUCCUGCUAUAUACAUAUGCAUCUCAAAUUUCUGACAUUGGGAAAUCCUGCAUGUCAGAUAGAUGUACACAGUUUAAAAUAGAGGACUGUGUAUAAUUUCCGGUCUGGGGAGUAAAUUUGUAUGCAACAAGCCCCACACAGUGAAUGAAUUCAUGAAAUUCUGUUACAGUAGAGCUUUCUUUGAGUCUGUAACUGAUUUACUAAUGUGUCUGAGCAAGCCAGUGCACUCUCAUUUCCAAAGCUUUACAUACAAGUGAAUAAAACAAUACUGUUGCUUUAUUUGCUCUAUUAGAAAUACACUCACUCCUUGAAAAUCACAAGGAAUUUAAUCAGGGUUUCAUGUCACUGACCACAUGGUGGGUUAAGGUUGGUUUAUAUGAUCAGCUUUAUUGGAUGCAACUGCCUCCGAUUAAACUGAUGACAAAAUAGGUGUUUACAAUGUCAGAUUCAUCUGAUGAAAUUGAACUUCAGACAUCAGACAUCAAAUUCUGUGUUCAGAUCAGAUUAAUUGGACCUCUAAGUUUAAGUAUAUCUGAUUUUUAAAAAUCUUAGCAGACAUUGGAUUUUGCAGUUUACAUGGUGUAAUUGAACUGAUUUCUCUGGACAUGUAAACUGGCCUUUAGUUGAUCAAAAACUCUUACAUGUAAUUGAAUCACAUCAAGAUCUUCCCACCUUGUAUUUUUUACAUAACCUUUUGAUUUGCCUUCUUCUCUGCUAAAACUUGUAACAUAACAUAUACAAACUGCCUAUUACCUGCUCACUUAAGAUCUUUCUGUAAAUAAUGUUAUAUGUAUAUUUAAUCUGUAAAUUAUAAACCAUGGUUUGAAUUGAUGUAUAUUUUGACCCAUAUACUGUCCUCACAAAUAAGUAUUUUCUAGCGCGACAGAACAGAUAUGUAGUGUGAAGAUUUAUGAAGGCUUUAUUACAUGCUACA